AUGAUAGGACUAAAUUUACAAUGCGUCUGGACUGGGAUCCUAUUGGUGACAACAUGCAUCUUACAAAACAGGCAGCUCGGGUUUGUCCAAGCAGGCCCUUCUAUAAAUUUGGAAUUAAAAACUGCCUUCUCCUCUGCCCCAUAUUUACUGGAAUUACUAGAGACCGCGGCUGAGGAGAAUUCUACAUCAUAUUUCCCACUUCUGAAUCGUGUGGCGGAUGGCUAUUUUGCAGACGCUUCUUCUGAUCAAAAAGUCUAUGAGCGAUUUUUAAAAAUCUUACAAGAUGAUGGCCAUAUCACGGAACCGGCAGACUUGUCUGCGUACCAGCUUGCCUUGUCGAUGCGCGUCUCUGCGCCAAGAAUCGAAUCGCAUUAUCAAUACUACCGCACUGCAUUUUGUGCUAAUAUUGAUGAAAGGAACAUUCAUGAACUGGAAUUCGAUCGGAUUCUGGGUAAUGUAUCGGCGCAAACAGCCAUUCUCUACGCAGAUAUUACUUCACCGACAUUUGGAGAAUUCCAUCACAUGCUAAUGAACCAGGCCCUUGAUGGUAAUUUAUCGUAUCGAAUCCGGCACAAAAAUCGUGAAUUCACGUCAGUAUCCAAACCAAUAUCUACCUCUGGGUGGGGGGUGGAGUUAGCUCUGAAGAGCACUGAUUAUAUAGUAAUUGAUGACCGAGGCGAAGAAAAAGAUGAAGGGAAAAUUGAAAAUGAGAACAGCGAGAAUACUGAUACUGAAUUCAAAUCCAAAGUCAAGCUAAACGAGGAUGAAGUGGAAGAUCUUCGACCUCUAUCAGCUUCGGAACUUUCGCCUCUUGGUGUCAAAGCCGGCAGCUAUGUUAUGCAGAGCAAGUCACCUUUAGAUACACUCUUAAGUGUUACUCGAGACUUUCCCAAAUACUCAAGUCAACUCGUAUCACACAAAGUCGCGCCCCAAUUUCUGGAUGAACAUCGCUACAACCGGAAUCAACUCGUUCCAGAGGGCCAUGGUAUCAUUUGGAUGAACGGCAUUCAAUUAAUUGAUCGGCAAAUUGAGGCUUUUAAUUUGCUUGAUGUUCUACGCAAGGAACGCCAUCUUAUCAGUGGCAUCCGUGCAUUAGGACUGACUGCUGCUGAUGCUAUUCGGCUGGUCUCACACCCUCUGGUCAGCACGGCACAGUCAACGAAUGAAGAUCAGCGAUAUGAUUGGAGAGACGAAAAAGAGGGAGGCAAUGCUAUAAUUUGGAUGAAUAAUCUUGAGGAGGACCCAAGGUACGCGGAAUGGCCCCGAGCUUUAUCUGCCAUGUUACAACGAGUACAUCCAGGACAGCUUCCAACGAUCCGGCGGGACUCCUUCAACUUGGUUGUUCCUGUAGACUUCAGCGAGCCAGAAGAUAUUGCGCUUGUUGUCAAUACACUUUUAAGCUUUGUAACGAGACGACUAUGUGUCAGAAUUGGCAUUGUUCCUAUUACCUUGACGCCUUCUGCUGUGAACCAAGCAAAGAUCAUAUAUCAUCUGACCAAUACCUAUGGCCUACAGUCAGCCGUCACUUAUCUCGUACGUUCAAGUGAAGCCAAGCUAGAGGAGGGCUUUAGCUCCCUCACCUUCGACCACGCAACAAGAGUCGGUAAGCCAAUAAACGAGAAACCUCAGCUGUCUUUGAAAGAAGUCUUAGAGUCAGAUGAAAUUAGAAAGCAGAUAGAAGCAUCGAAAAAAUGGCUCCAUAGACUAAGCGCUGAAGAUUCGAUACCACCAGUAUUUAUGGACGGAGUUGUUAUACCCCGUCUUGACUCAUGGCUUCAAACUGCUAUAUUUCAUGGAGUCUUCGAAGAAGAAGAGGACCAGGUUUGGUUGCCCAGCAUCUUUUUGGACGAAGCUCUGAGUAAUAGAAAUCCGUUGAUUAUCCCUGAAAAUCCUAGAAGCCUGAAAGUUUUCGAUUUACACGUUCUUCUCAGUAAAUAUCAGGACUUAGUGAAUGAGUUGCCACGAUUAGAAGCAGAUCCAUCCUCAAUACACUCGGACUCGGCGUAUAUUAUCUUAAUAGCAGAUUUGAACUCUAUUGCUGGUCAAAAACUCGCGAUAACCACGGCUGAUUUUGGAGAGAAGACACUUUCAAUUGACCUGCGUAUCGCACAUAAUCCCCUUUCUUGUACGAGUUCUGGAUUGAGUGAUAAUAUCUAUGCUCAUCUACGAGAUCGUGGUUUUAGUGGAUGGGAGCGGAAUGGAAGCCUUAAGAAUGUUCUAACGUCAGAAAGUGUGUCUCGCGACGAAGCGCUUCAAACAGAGUCAGCAAAAUUCUGGAAAUCUCUUAGUCCUUUUAUAGAAACACUCGGGCUGUUGCCGGGCCAGAAUGCCAUUUUGAUCAAUGGACGUCUUGUGGGACCUAUUCCUGAUUCGAGUGCAAGUGGGUGGAGUUUAGAGGACUUGAUAACGCUGCUAUCAUACGAGCGGAGGAAGCGUAUCACACCUACUCACGCCGCAAUGAUUGACCUAGGCCUGGGACAUAAAAUUCAAAGUGUGGUCGAAGCGGCCAAAUUCUCAUCAAAAGUCGCACUCUCGACACUUCCUGAUCCUACUGAGGAAUUUUUUGAGCAGCCUUCCAUAUCUCGCAUGAAUAAGUUUGACAUGUGGAAGUCUAAUCAUACAGCUAUUGAAAUUGGAAACCCAGAAACGUCAGAUAUCCAACUCACUGUGAUAUUGGAUCCGGCCAGCCAUCAGGGUCAGCGCUGGGUAGCAAUUUUAAAGGUCUUAUCAGAACUCCAGGGAGUAUACAUGAAGCUCUUUCUCAAUCCCAAAGAGCGAUUGACUGAACUACCUGUCAAGCGGUUCUAUCGUUUUGUAUUGGAAUCAAAGCCGUCUUUCGAUUCCAAUGGAGAUGUAAAGGCACCUCGAGCAAUAUUCAAAGAUAUGCCGCAAUCUGCACUCAUGACUAUCGGCAUGGAUCUCCCUCCGACCUGGCUUGUUGCUCCCAAGGUAUCAGUACAUGACCUAGACAAUAUUAAGCUGAGCUCUGUAAAAAUUGAUGUUGAAGCUAUAUAUGAGCUCGAGCAUAUAUUGAUUGAAGGUCAUUGCCACGAAGCGAUCGGUGGUCGGAGCCCACGCGGUGUUCAAUUAGUACUUGGUACAGAAAGAGAUGCACAUGUUGGAGACACAAUUAUAAUGGCAAAUUUGGGCUAUUUUCAGUUCAAAGCCAAUCCUGGAUACUAUCGUAUAAGGUUACAGGAAGGAAGAAGUUCGGAAAUAUUUCAUAUUGAUAGUGUCGGCGCCCAUAAUUGGAAAGAAUUCAUAGAGGAAAACAGUGAUGUCAUUAUGAUGAGCUUCAAAGGAACCACAUUAUUUCUCCGCUUAUCACGCAGAAUUGGUAUGGGAACAGAAGACGUUCUCGAGCCAAGCACCGACUCUAAUCGAGGACUCGUCUCGCAGGGAUUGAAGCUGGCGCAAGAUUUAUUUAACUGGAAAGGCCAACAACCCACUAAUACUCAAGCCGAUAUCAAUAUUUUUUCAGUCGCAAGUGGGCAUCUCUAUGAGCGUAUGCUAAACAUCAUGAUGGUCAGCGUGAUGAAGAAUACGAAUCACACAGUCAAGUUUUGGUUUGUCGAACAAUUCCUUUCUCCAUCCUUCAAGGACUUUAUUCCUUACCUAGCCAACCAGUAUGAAUUUCAAUAUGAGAUGGUGACUUAUAAAUGGCCUCACUGGCUUCGAGCGCAGACAGAGAAGCAGCGAGAAAUUUGGGGAUAUAAAAUUCUCUUCCUAGAUGUUCUUUUUCCACUUUCACUUGAUAAAGUGAUCUUUGUCGACGCAGAUCAAAUUGUCCGAACGGAUAUGAUUGAGCUUGUACAACAUGACCUAAACGGUGCACCGUAUGGCUUUACGCCAAUGUGUGAUAGCCGAACUGAGAUGGAGGGCUUCCGUUUCUGGAAGAAAGGAUACUGGGAAAAGUUCCUCCGCGGCCUACCUUACCAUAUCUCAGCCCUCUAUGUCGUAGAUCUGCGUCGAUUUCGACGAAUUGCUGCGGGUGAUCGCUUACGGCAACAAUACCACGCACUCUCAGCAGAUCCUGGCUCCCUGGCCAAUCUGGAUCAGGAUCUGCCAAAUCAUAUGCAGAAUGUCCUACCCAUUCACAGUUUGCCCCAGGAAUGGCUCUGGUGUGAAACAUGGUGUAGUGAUGAUGCGCUAGUGAAUGCUAAGACAAUUGACUUGUGCAAUAAUCCUUUAACAAAAGAACCUAAACUAGAUAGGGCUCGAAGACAAGUGCCAGAAUGGACUAUAUAUGAUGAUGAAAUUGCCUUGGUUGCCAAACAAAGGCAACAAGUGCCCAGAGAAGAGGAUAGGAGCAUGGAGAAAAUAGACUUAGAGGUUGAGGUACAGAAAGCACAGCAGCAGAGAGAUGAACUAUAG